AAUAGCGGCACAAGAAACACAUCAAAUAAUGACAGAACUGGAAAUCAUAGAGAUAGAUCAUACAGUCCUUACUGAUAUGCAGCAGAAUGCUCCCCCCGGGGAGAAACAAUAUUGGAAAACAAAAGGUUGCACAUUGAUAGAGAACAUUUACACAUCACCUGAAGGAAAACCAGUAUUGUCAAAAUCCCUAUUUAGGUAUGCAGCAGUGUUGACACAUGGAGUAACUCAUGUGUCAAACAGGGGGAUGACUGAGAUGUUAAAUAAGGUAUGUACGGCCUAUGGCUUUACAAACUAUUCAAAAACUUUUUGUUCUCAAUGCAUUAUAUGUGCAAAACACAAUGCUCAGGGAGGUAUAAGACCACGAAAAGGAAAGUUCCCCACACCGCAAUAUCCAUUCCAACACAUUUGUAUGGAUUUUAUUGAAUUGGACAAAUGUGAAAGGAAAAAAUAUAGUCUAGUAAUAAUAGAUGCUUUGACCAAAUGGGUGGAGGUAUUCCCGACAGGAAGUGCGGACGCACAGACUGUAGCCAAAGCAUUACUAAGAGAUAUAAUUCCUAGGUUUGGAAUCCCUGAAAAGAUCUACAGCGAUAAUGGAUCCCAUUUUGUAAAUAAAACUAUACAACAUUUGACAGAAGUGAUGGGUAUCCAAGUAAAAAACCAUUGCGCCUACCACCCCCAAUCGGCUGGUUUAGUGGAGAGACACAAUGGAAUCCUGAAAAAUAAACUGAGAAAAGCUAUGGAAGAAACAGGUAAAAAUUGGAUGUACUGCCUACCAUUAGCUGUGACUAGCAUGCAUAUUUCACCCACACAGGAAGGUUUGAGUCCAUUUGAAAUGAUACAUGGGAGGCCAUAUAGAAUACCCUUACUACUAAAUGAAACACCAGUUGAAGAAUCUGAACGUACCUUAGCAGAAUAUAUGUCUAACUUGUUGAAACAGAAACAAAUUAAUGAGGUCUGUUCUAUUCCAGAAGGUCCAAUCCAAGGAGAAGAGAAAAUCCAUAUUGGAGACUGGGUCCUAAUAAAAGUAAUAAAAAGGAAACAUUGGCACUUGCCUAAGUGGGAGGGGCCAUAUCAGGUUCUUCUUACCACUCCCACUGCAAUAAGGAUUGCAGAGAGGUCUACCUGGACUCACCAGUCCCAUUGCAAAAAGGUUUUACAGGCAGAGCAGGGUCAGUUGGCGGCAGAGCUCUGGUAAAGUCCGGCUACAAAGGGAGGUUCUGCACAAGGUGGGGCUUAUCUCAAACCGGUGAAGAACUCCAUUACCUUACCCCCAGGGCUCUGUAGCUGGUUAGGAUGGAAGGGACAGUAAUUAUCUUGGGUCUACUGGUGACUCUAGG